AUGGGCUUUGGCAAAGGCAAGGGCAAAGGGAAGGGAAAGGGGAAGGGCAAGAAGGGCUAUGACAUGAAGGGCAAGGGAAAGGCGGCGAGCGACUUCGACGUGGACUACGCAUUCACCAAGGGCUUUGGCAAGAAUUUCUGCAAGGGCAGCGACUUCAACAGCGACUUUGCCGUUACCAAGGGUUCUGGCAAGAACUUCGGCAAGGGCGGAGACUUCGCUGGGGACUAUGCAGUCACCAACGGCUCUGGCAAUCAUUACGGCAAGGCCGCUGGCAAGAUCAGAGGUCCAGAUGAGCGAUGUAUUCAGGGGCCAUGGGGUGGGAGCUCCGACCAGUCUUCUGCAGGGCGCUUCCACAUCCCGCCUUCUGUGCUGGAGAAUGGCAAGCAAGGCGGAUCCGGAGAUGACUAUGACAAGGAGAGCAAGGAUAUCACCCUUAAGCUGUUGGCAGUCUCGGGCGACUCGAUCCCGGAUGGCCCCGAGGACAAAUCGCCAGUGAACCGCAUCAACCCCGACCAGACGGUCGCACAAAUCUGCUCCAGAAUCCAAGCGGCUCUUGAUCUGGAGCCCCUGACGCGUGUAGAACUCGUCUACGGCACCGAGAAGCUGCUAGACAACAGAACCAUCUCUUCCUAUAAAAUCGCGGAUGGAGACUCGCUGACCAUUGUUCAGAGCAAGGUCGAGCCCCCAAAGCCUCCAAUGAUGUACUACUAUGUCGCGAUGCCUCAAGCUGCAGCUGCCCACCACCAAGCAAUGGUUGCUUAUCCGUCCCUCGGCGUGUUUCAG